AUGAGCCGACAAGGUCAAAGAUCACCAGUUGAAACGCGAGAGUCAGCGAUUACUGCAACCGAUCGUGACAAUGCAGGAGAAUUUAAGACGUGUACACAACCACCCUCCAUGAGCAUCAGGAGACCAUCUACAAACGAGAGCGACGAUGAAGAAGAAGAACAACUAGAGGAUUACCUCCAUCCACAUUCCAAGCAAGGAUUUCUACGGCCGCGUCAAAGAUCGAAUGGAUCAUCAUCGUCAUCAUCAUCCGACAUGCCACCAAGAAGCUACUCACUUGGGAGUGAAAACAUUCGAAAGUUCUCUCAAGAGUCACUGUACAGCUAUAGUUUCACCCCUUCACUACCACGAUCCAAUCGGAUGCGUAUCAUGCGGCAUGGCAUGGAUUUUGUGAGACGUAUUCGCUGCAAACUGGAUGAUCGUGUUACACGACGCUACUCCCAUCCUGAUAUUGGUGCAUCAACAUUCGAUUGGCAAAUGAAUACUUGGAGCACCGUCAACACGCCUCGAACAAGUAUCGAUUAUGAUAGCAUGGUUGCCAAUGGCAACGGAUCCGAUCCCACAACAAUGACAACAACAACACAUCCCAUGGACGACAUCCCAUCAUCAUCAUCAUCAUCGUUAUCAAAGCAGCAACGAAAGACAUCAAUGACAAAGCGACCCUCAACGGAUACAUCUUGCAAUAAUGCCGAGAGUUGUCAGUCGUACAGGCGAAUAUUGCAUACACCAACACGAUUUCUGCCACAGAAUCAGGCCAUUUUCACCACCGAUCAUGAUGGAACCAUUUUACUAUUCAAUGAUAUCGCCAGUUUAUGUUUUGUCAUGGAUAAAUCUCACGUGGGUCAAUCGCUUUUGACAGUGCUUCAGCAACCUUUCAGAGAUAAAACGGCAAGACUAUUACGAGAUCGUACAGCGGGAGAUGAGGAUCCUGUAUUGGUGUGUGGCACCGUGGUGCCAAUUAUUAAAACGAAUGGUGAAAAGUCGGCUGCAUCUUUAUGGCUCAAACGCAAGGAACGAGAUGGUGGCAAGAUUGUAUAUAUAUGGAUCUUUGAAGAGAUAUUGGAGAGCACAUUAACAGCUUAUCUUGACCCAAAGGGCACCAUUAACCAAGUAAUUGGAAAGAUGCAAGAACUCUAUGGCUAUAGCAAUGAACAAGUGAUUGACAAGCACAUCAGCCUAUUGAUUCCCAGCUUGAAUGCUGAUCCAUCCAGCACAAUCGAUGUAGCAGCAACUAUGAAAUUUUUCGGCAGCCAGACUAAAUACGGUGCUUUUUUUCCUGCUAUGGGCACGUUGCAUGCGAACAAUGAUCAUACAGCUUUCACCCUUAAGAUUAUAUCGCUUCCGACAGUGGCCGGCAUGAUCACUAUUCACACCAACGGCAUGAUUCAGAGUAUGAGUGCGGUCCCAGCAAAGUAUCUCUUUGGUUAUCCAACAGUCGAUUCACUCGUCGAAAAGGUCCCAAUCUCUCAACUUUUACCACAACUUCCCGAAAUAUUGGACAAUUUGCAAAGGGAUGGAUUAUGGGGAGAGGAUGGCAAUAUCAUUGGAAACACAACUUGUCGUCGAGCACUUGUACCAAGAGAUUUGGCAACUACAACCGAUCAUAAACUUUCCAUCAGCUCCAACAACAACAACAAUGCACCACCUCUACCGGUUAUUUAUGCCGUACACCAUGAUGGAAGCCAAUUUGAAGUGCAACUACGGUUACGCUCAAUUACGAGUGCUGAAGGACAAUUAAUCAGCGUUUGGGUGGCAUUCGAUCGUAUUCAAUCUCUCAACAGAAGAAACAGCACAAAAAGAAAGGCUUCUUCUCCAUCAACAACACAACAACAACCACACAACGACGACAAUGACAAUGACAAUGAUGACAAUGACCCACAAGAACACAACCCAAAUAUGGAUGAUCAUCCACAUUGCCAUGGUCAUGGUCAUGAAAAGAAGGCACGUUCAACUUUUCGAUCACGACGUGUGGUUCAAAUGGCCAAAGCGCGCGCACCUUUACCCAACAGAAGCCUUGCACCCGUCGUGGAACUCUCGGAACCAAACCCGGAAUCGCCGACAACAACAUCACCAGAUUUGGAUGUAUCUUCUCCACCAGAGCAACGACCACCUCCUUUACCCACUGAUGAGCAUCACCCAUUGGAUGACUAUGAGAUAUUGGAUACAUUAGGCGAAGGCACUUAUGGAGCUGCCAAGCUUGCUUAUAGAAAGGAUGAUGAAGCACAGAAAAUGGUCGUCAUCAAAUGCAUUCGAAAAUCACGCAUUCUUGUUGAUUCAUGGAUGAGGGAUCGGCGAUAUGGGGAUAUUGUACCAGCAGAGAUUCAUAUCUUGAGAACACUUCAACAAUGCCCACAGCAAAACUGUUGCAGCCUAUUGGCACAUAUGGAAGAUCAAGAUUUUUAUUACGUGGUGAUGGCGUUACAUGGUGACGGGAUGGAUUUGUUUGACUACAUUGAGCUGAAUGAGGAAAUCUGCGAACAAGAGGUCCGGGCUAUUUUCCGGCAAGUAGCAGAAGCAGUACGGCACUUGCAUCACAACAAGAUUGUGCAUCGAGACAUCAAGGAUGAAAACAUUAUCUUGGAUGAAUCUGGCACCGUGCUAUUGAUUGAUUUCGGAAGCGCAGCAUACUUUCGAUCAGGAAAGAAGUUUGAGACAUUCUGUGGUACAAUGGAAUACUGGGCCCCAGAGCUAUUACAAGGUAUAAGCUAUGAUGGACCUCCCCAAGACAUUUGGAGCUUAGGUAUUCUAUUACAUACCCUUAUUUUCCGAGAGACACCCUUUUAUCAGCUUGAUGAUAUCCUCGAGGACCAAUUACACAUCCGAGAUCUACCAUACCCAGGGCCGCAUGAUAUACUACACAAAAUGCUCAACAAGGAUCCAUCAAAACGCCCUACCAUCGACGACGUACUUGCAGACCCUUGGUUUGUACAAUAA